AGCUUUUCAAUCAUUUGAUAUUCCCACUGCUUGGCUUAGAUGCAGCGAAUUGUAAGGGUAUGCCAGCUUCAGUUCGUUUAAGUCGGCUGGUUUUCUUUUUGUUUUGACAUUCAAUAGGUCGCUGGCUGUUGCGUCCAUUUUGGUGGGGACGGAAAAUAGCACGCUGUGUGCGUGUGUGUGUGUGUGUGUCUGUGUGUGUGUGCAUGCUCGUGUGUAUAAAUAGCCGAGCGACCCGCAGGAUUCGCUAACAUUGCGUGUGCUUCGCCUCACAGAGACGCCCAAAGUUCGCUGGGCAGUCGCUCGCCAGGGCGCCUAUAAAUAGGCAACGCUUUAGUUGGGGCCACAAAUUGAGCAGUUCGCAGCCAAUUUGGGUGCUGCGUUUCGAAAGAAACAUGCGAGCACAAUAGCACUGCAGCAUGGAGAUGUCGGGCUAUCAGGAUAUCAGCGCCUUGGAAAAAUCGGUGGCCAAUGCUGGCAGCCAGCUGUAUACGAUGGCACACAAGCUGCACGCUGUGGAGCGCAGCUUGGAUCAGACGGCAAUGGAGCAAAUGGAUGAAAUGGAGGUUAUGGAGCUGCUCGAGUCCAUGACCGAGGUGAAGAACGAGUAUCAGAAUCUGCGCAAGGACAUACAGGAGGUGCAGCAAUUGCAGCGUGACGUCAGCACCUCGAUACGCUAUCAGAUGACCAACAUGCAGCAGACAUUUCAAAUGCUAAAAAAACGCAUCGCCACAUCCCAGCAGCAGCGACGCCAACGGGAACAGCGACAGAGCACCACCGUGACGGCCAAUCAGCAUUGAGCAUACUGCAGUGUACUGUAGUGUAGUGUAGUGUAGUGUAGUGUAGCGUAACGUAACGUAGUGUUGUAUAGCGUGUAGUGUAAUGCGUAAAUGCGUUGCGUGACGGCAGGAUGGGGAUGGGUGUGGGGGAUGGGGGAUGGGCUCGUGUAAUUGACCUAGGCAGGCUGUUUAUGAAUUAAAUAUGAUUUUUAUUGAUUUUGCAUGAGUUAGUUAAACUGAAUUAGCGGUUGUCCGCACCCUAUAUAGACGCAUGCAUGCACACAUAUACAUCUAGCUAAAUAUAUAUAGAUAAGUGAAAUAUUCGUGAGUGGUUAACCUGUUGCCAUACAAACCUACAAAGCCUGCACAUACAUAUACGCACGUACAUGGAAGAAGUGGUAUCAAAUUGUGGAUAUUCCUGGAAAUCAGCACACAAACAAACCAAACUUUUUUACCGUCAUAUGUCUAAGCAAUCAGAAACACGUAUGUAUGUGUACAACAACAAUAUCAAGAAGCAACAACAAGCGCUUUUCUAUACACAAUACAAAUCCAAGAACAAGAUACUUAUGCUCCUAACUUGUAACUUUAACUACUUGAGAAAACACAUGCAUACACACAUAUAUACUAUAUACUAUAUACACAUACGUUGUAAGCAAUUCUCUCGAAAACUCUAAAUACUUUACGAUGCAAAUCCAAAAUGUCUGAUGCCAUUUGAUAAGAAUGCACUUUUUCAAACAACAACAAAUUUGCCUUAACAUAACCAUAUUAUACUAAUUUUUGAUAUAUACACAUUUUAAUAUUAAACUUAAGCUUAUCAUUUCUAUUACAAUGAUAGGCAUUAGCGCAAUAUCUUUUUUGUUUUCGUAUUUUUUUUUUUUCGAGUUAUUUGUUGUUACUAAAUUGUAUAAGCAAUCAGAAUAAAAAGCACAUAAAAACAAUAAA